AUGAGAUACAAAUCGCUUCUACACAAAAGAUCUCCGAAUUUAGGCAACCCUGCCGUAGCUGUUAACACAAUAAUAGCGGCACUAGGUCUAGAGCCGGACUUCCUAUACCCCCUGGAGAACGUGACAAUCGCUCAAGGCCGGGACGCGAUGUUCACGUGCGUGGUCAAUAACCUGGGCGGUUACAGGGUGAGUGGCGACUCCGCCACGGCCAGGGUAGCGUGGAUCAAAGCAGACACGAAGGCGAUCCUGGCGAUACACGAGCACGUGAUAACGAACAACGCGAGGCUGAGCGUCACGCACAACGACUACAACACGUGGACGCUAAACAUUAGGGGCGUCAAGCGGGAAGACAGAGGACAAUAUAUGUGCCAAGUUAACACCGACCCUAUGAAAAUGCAGACAGCAUUUUUGGAAGUAGUAAUCCCUCCAGAUAUAAUUUACGAAGAAACUUCUGGGGAUAUGAUGGUACCAGAAGGAGGGUCAGCCAAGCUGGUCUGCAAAGCCAGAGGUUACCCUCCUCCAAAAAUUGUGUGGCGCAGAGAAGAUGGGGGAGAUAUCAUUUCAAGAGGGGGACCUCAGGGGAAGACGAAAGUGACGUCACUAGAAGGAGAAAUAGUGAAUCUCACGAAAGUGACGCGUUCAGAGAUGGGCGCAUACCUGUGCAUCGCUGCGAACGGGGUGCCGCCCUCAGUGAGCAAGAGAAUAAUGCUGCAUGUACACUUUCACCCAUUGGUGCAAGUGCCUAACCAGUUGGUGGGCGCUCCGACGGGGACCGAUGUCACUCUUCAGUGCCACGUCGAAGCCUCGCCGAAAGCCAUCAACUAUUGGACCAGAGAGAAUGGUGAAAUGAUAAUAUCGAACGACAAGUACCAGAUGACUGAGAUCAACAGCUCGGCAUAUAGCGUGCAGAUGCGGCUCGUUAUCCGAAACAUACAGAGAAGUGACCUCGGAGGCUACAAGUGCAUAUCUAAGAACUCUAUAGGCGACGCCGAAGGCAACAUUAGGUUAUACGAAAUGGAGUUGCCAAAUCGCAAAUCACGCGACGAUGACGAUCGCGACUACUCCAUCGAAGAAACAAAUGACGUCCGCUCCAGUCUUCAGGGUCCGCUCCGGGAAGGUGGGCCAAGAGACGAGGACGCGAGUUUCUUAGGCGGAGGCGGGCCCGCCGCCGCCGCCGCGCCCGCGCUCUCCGUGAGCGCAACCUUUUUAAUAACGACCUUAGUCCUCGCUACAUGCUAAACUUUUACUUCUAGCCAUGUGCAAAGUUAAGACGAAAAAAUCCUGGAAAGUUACUCGUUUUCAGUUUAUAAUAGGAGUUUUUAUGGCGUGUAAAGCGAAAGUAGGUACUGACCGGAUUAGUCUUGCAAUUGCAGAAACUCAACUUUAUUAUGACCGAUAUAACAAAAUUUUACUUUUUCUGAUUUAAAUUGUCUCCUGACUACUUAUCAUCGAUGAUGUCCAUUAAAAUCUAAAUAAAUAUUUAGUUUUCAUUUUCAAUUUUCUCUUUCAAAAGGAUUUGUUUCUAUAUAAUUCCCAGCGUAAUUCGUCACGUAUUCGCGUGUAACGUAAUUAAACUAAUUCUUUUGUGUUGGUUUGUCUUAAAAUUGUGCAUGGCUCAGCAUUGUUCGGCAAUUAGAAGUGUCUGUGUCUUACUAAUUGGACGUAAGACAGUGUUUAUCGUUUAGAUUAAAGACUAUGGUACUGCGUAUGGUACGUUUUAUAGAACGGUGAACGAACAGUAAAUAAGUGUAACUACGUAUGUAAUAGUCAUUAGCAUUUCAUCAGAUGUCAGCUUGUAUUAACAUUGUAAAUGCUUAAUAAUGUAUGGAAAUAAUAUCAUUGAGUUAAUAAAUACUGUUGGAACUUUAAAGUAUUGAGUGUAUUACAUCCAUAUUCAUGAACAUUUUUUAAUAAUUAUGUUACUCUAAAAUACUUAUAUUGCUGUUGUAUAAUAUUUUCUACUAAAGUACGAAACUCGAUUGUGUUGCGUUGCGUGCGCGUGAAACUACUCAGUGUCAUAAUAAUUGUAUAUCUAAAUAAUAAACUGUUAAUGUAUAUGUACAUAAUGUAACGUAGCUAAGCGGUUAUAAACGUUAGAACUUUAUUUGCUCAUUCAUAUAAUUUGUUAUCUAUAAAAUUUUAUAGCUGUAUUAUGAGAAAAUGUAUGUAAAUCUUAAAUGCUAUAAAAUAUAGAGAAAAUUUUGUAAAUUGUUAACGUUUUUAAUAUUGUUGAAUUUAUGAAAAAAAUAAUUUGUAAACUGUAUCUAUAAUACUAAGUGGAAGUUUCGUAGUCAUAUUUUAUGCGGAUGUGUUGUGUUUCAAUUUUCUUUUCACUAACUGGCGAAAGAUUCAGAUUGUGUGUAUAAUCGUGGAGCCAGUGUUUCUUUAUUUAUUGGCCUUAUGUAAAUGUAUGAUAUUGCCUGCGAAACAAAUAUAAACGAAGUAAAACUUG